GGCUCGAGAUUACUUACAAAGCUCCGGUUCCAACAGGAGAAGUUUAUUUUGCUGAUUCCUUUGACAGAGGAUCUCUGUCAGGGUGGAUUUUAUCCAAAGCCAAGAAAGAUGACACUGAUGAUGAAAUUGCCAAAUAUGAUGGAAAGUGGGAAGUAGAUGAAAUGAAGGAAACAAAGCUUCUGGGUGAUAAAGGACUUGUACUGAUGUCUCGAGCAAAGCACCAUGCCAUCUCUGCUAAACUGAAUAAGCCCUUCCUAUUUGAUACCAAGCCUCUCAUUGUUCAGUACGAGGUUAAUUUCCAAAAUGGAAUAGAAUGUGGAGGUGCUUAUGUGAAACUGCUUUCCAAAACACCAGAACUCAACUUGGAUCAGUUCCACGACAAGACCCCCUAUACAAUUAUGUUUGGUCCAGAUAAAUGUGGAGAGGAUUAUAAAUUACACUUCAUCUUCCGCCACAAAAACCCUAAGACGGGUGUGUAUGAAGAAAAGCACGCUAAGAGACCAGAUGCAGAUCUGAAGACCUACUUUACUGAUAAGAAAACACAUCUUUACACAUUAAUCUUGAAUCCAGAUAAUAGUUUUGAAAUAUUAGUUGACCAGUCUGUUGUGAAUAGUGGAAAUCUGCUGAAUGAUAUGACUCCAGCUGUAAAUCCUUCACGAGAAAUUGAGGACCCAGAAGACCGGAAACCUGAGGACUGGGAUGAAAGACCUAAAAUCCCAGAUCCUGAUGCCGUGAAGCCAGAUGACUGGGAUGAAGAUGCUCCUGCUAAAAUUCCAGAUGAAGAGGCCACUAAACCAGAAGGGUGGUUAGAUGAUGAGCCUGAAUAUAUACCUGAUCCAGAUGCAGAGAAGUCAGAGGAUUGGGAUGAGGACAUGGACGGAGAAUGGGAGGCUCCUCAGAUUGCCAACCCUAAAUGUGAGUCAGCCUCUGGGUGUGGUGUCUGGCAGCGACCAAUGAUUGACAACCCCAAUUAUAAGGGCAAGUGGAAGCCUCCCAUGAUUGACAAUCCUAACUACCAGGGAAUCUGGAAACCCCGGAAAAUACCAAAUCCAGAUUUCUUUGAAGAUCUGGAGCCUUUCAGAAUGACUCCUUUUAGUGCUAUUGGUUUGGAGCUGUGGUCCAUGACUUCUGACUUUUUUUUUGACAACUUUAUCAUUAGUGGUGAUCGAAGAGUAGUUGAUGAUUGGGCCAAUGAUGGAUGGGGCCUGAAGAAAGCAGCCGAUGGGGCUGCCAAGCCAGGCGUAGUGGGGCAGAUACUCGAGGCAGCUGAGGAGCGCCCAUGGCUCUGGGUGGUCUACAUUUUGACUGUUGCUCUUCCUGUGUUCCUUGUUAUUCUCUUCUGCUGUUCUGGAAAGAAACAGUCUAGUGCUAUGGAGUACAAGAAGACUGAUGCUCCUCAACCAGAUGUGAAGGAAGAAGAAGAGAAGGAAGAGGAGAAGGACAAGGGAGAUGAAGAGGAGGAAGGUGAAGAGAAACUUGAAGAGAAACAAAAAAGUGAUGCUGAAGAAGAUGGGGGCACUGUCAGUCAAGAGGAGGAAGACAGAAAACCUAAAGCAGAGGAGGAUGAAAUUUUGAACAGAUCACCGAGAAACAGAAAGCCACGAAGAGAGUGAAACAAUCUUAAGAACUUGAUAUGUGAUGUUUCUUUCCCUCCCCUUCCCUUGCAAGUGUGUGGUCCUAGGAGAGGACCUGGUAUACCUUAGGUUGAAACUCAGAAAACCUCAAGACAUCACCAUCCACAGGUUCCAGCUGAACACUAGUCCAUGUAAUUUUAAACAUCUAGCAGUAAAUAAUUGCAGUUGUGA